AAUAAAUACCGGUGGGGCAUCUGAAAAGCGAAGUAUCUAGUUUUGCAUUGUGAUCAACAUGCAGAAGGCCUUAUUGUGUUUGCUCUUUGCUUCGGCAUACACCGCAUUUGCGGUUCCAGUAACGUCAGACUACUCUGAGGACCGCGUCUACCCUCGCUUCAUCGAAUUCCCCGAUGGCCAGGGUGUCAUGCACACUGUUGACCUUGAAGCUGAACCCGAUUAUGAACUCCUUGCUGAAAUCGAAAGAAAUCCGAAUAACAACCGGUAUUUGUUGUUCACCAGACGUAACUCUGGAUCCUCGCAGACUUUGACUAUGAACAAUGCUAAUUCUAUCAGAAAUUCUAACUUCAACCCUAAUGUUCCGACCGUGGUCGUCGUUCACGGCUGGCUCAGCAACCAGAACACUGACAUCAACCCUGUUAUAAGAGAUGCUUACCUGAGGAAGAGUGACGUCAACGUCAUUGUUAUGGAUUGGAGACGACUUGCUCUAUCCGAUUAUGCAACAGCAGUGCGUGGAGUACCCGCCGUUGGUCGAGGUCUUGGACAGUUCAUGAACUUCCUCAACCAAGUCACUGGUCAUCCCUUUACCAGCAUGCAUCUUGUUGGCUUCAGCUUAGGUGCCCAUAUUGUUGGCAAUGCUGGUAGAGAAAUGCGCGGUAGAGCCGCCCGUGUUACAGGUUUGGACCCCGCUGGCCCUCUAUGGAACUACAACUCAAACCGUCUUAACCGCAACGAUGGUGUUUACGUCGAGGCUAUCCACACCGACGGCGGUUAUACCGUCGGAGGUCUUGGUAUUGGCUCUAACGUAGCCAACGCUGACUUCUACCCCAACGGUGGCAUCUCCCAACCUGGCUGCCUCACCAACUUAUGCAAUCACAACAGAGCUUGGGAACUGUUCGCCGCUACUGUUACCUACAACCAUUUGGUCGGCAGGCAGUGCUCCAGUUCAUCGCAAAUCACUUGGGACAACUGUCGCGGGUCACAACUUCGUAUGGGCAACGAUGAUCUUAGGAAAACUGGAUCCGGAAUGUACCGUCUUAAUACCAACAGAAGAUAUCCUUUCGGAUCAAAACUGGCAUACGACAGUCCUAGACAUAGAGAGAUGCUUGAAUUUCUAGUUAUCAUGAUUAAGGCGCUUCUGUUUAUUGUUUUUGUUACGGUGUAUACCGUAGCUUCGGUACCGGUGACUUCUGAAUUUUCUAUGGAACGAGAGUAUCCCCGGUUCAUAGAAUUCCCUGAUGGCGAUGGCGUCAUGCAUACUGUCGAUCUUGAAGACGAAGUAGAUUAUAAACUAGUGGAUGAUAUCACAAAGAAUCCCGAUAAUAACAAAUAUUUGCUAUAUACCAGGCGCAACCCUGGCUUCCCGCAGUAUUUGGUGAUGGGUAUCAGCGAAUCCAUUAAGUAUUCGCUUUUCAACCCUAAAGUGCCCACCGUUGUCAUCGUUCACGGCUGGCUCAGCAAUCAGAACUCGGAUUUGAAUCCAGUUAUUAGAGACGCAUAUCUCGAACACAGGGAUGUGAACGUCAUUAUUCUUGAUUGGAGGAGGCUUGCUCUAUCCAACUAUGUGACUGCUGUGUUGGGUGUACCAGCCGUUGGCCGAGGAUUAGGACAAUUCCUUAUGUUCAUCAAGCAGAUUACUCGUCAGGACUACUCCAAGAUGCAUCUCGUUGGAUUCAGUUUAGGUGCUCACAUCGUGGGUAAUGCUGGUAAAGAAUUGAAUGGGACAAUUGCUCGAAUCACAGGUUUGGAUCCCGCUGGACCUCUAUGGAAUCUCAAUUCUAACAGUCUUGGUCCCAACGACGCUGUUUACGUCGAAGCCAUCCACACUGACGGUGGCUACACCGUUGGAGGUCUCGGCAUCGGAUCUGACGUCGCUAAAGCAGACUUUUACGUCAACGGAGGAACCUCUCAACCUGGUUGUCUCACCAACGUCUGCAACCACAACAGAGCAUGGAAAUACUUUGCUGCCAGCAUAACGUACGACCAUUUAGUAGGAAAGGAGUGUGCUAGCUCUUGGCAGAUUACUUGGAAUUCGUGCAAAGGUCCGCAACUUCAUAUGGGUAAUGGUGAUUUGAAGAAAUACGUUAGUGGGAACCGCAGAUUCCGGGCUAACACAAAACGACGGUAUCCAUACUAAUUUAAUGAAACUAGUAUUAAAAAUGUGUAAUUAUUAAGCACUAA